AUGACUGCUGGCCGCCUGCUGCUGCUGCUGCUGGCCUGCCUGGCCCCUGGGGCCGCGGGGCGCCUCUACUGCGCAAUGCUCAACGUGUCCAACGGGGGCACUGCAGGGGAGUGGGGGCGGCGAGAGUUCUGCCCCUUUGGGUACGCAGAUGGCUUCUCUGUCAAGCUGGAGACCCACCAGGGCUUCCUCCCUGGCCAAGACGACACGGCGCUGAAUGGGAUCCGCCUGCAUUGCGCUCAGGGAGGCAACGUCACUUCAUCGGUGGGCAGGUGGGGCACGUGGAGCCACAGCCAGAGCUGCCCCAAGGUCCCCCUCGUCGCCUUCCAGCUGCAGACGGAGCCCUGGCGCCUGGGCCGAGACAACACCGCCGCCAACAGCCUCCGGAUGAAGUGCGAGCGCCGGGCGGUGCUGGAGGCCCGCUGGGAGGGGUGGGGGGCGUGGGGCCCGUGGAGCCCCCGCUGCCCCCGCGGCUACAUCUGCGGCCUCCAGACCCGGGUGCAGCCCCCACGGGGGGCCAUGGACGACACCGCCCUCAACGACGCCCGCUUCUUCUGCUGCUGCUGA